AUGGUUUCCUUUUGGCCUCCUUUUGAAGAUUGGCCGAGCCGACAUCGGUCUCGAAGCAGCCACUCUACGUUUUAUUCGUCGGCAUACCUCGAUACCAGUUCCACUAGUACUGGUCUCAGCAACCUACGGAAACGAUGCCUACACUCUUAUGCGGAGAGUGCUGAAUAUGUGCGGCAACUUCGACUUUUGUCUCGUCCUCCUCAAGUUCCUCCAGGUGCGGUAUGUUCCCUUCGGGGCGCACCGUUCCUUGAUAGCCGAAUCUCUGGUAACCAACCACUCGGGCCAUACCCCUCAGAGUCUACGUUCAACGAUCGCCUGGUCAUAGCAGCCAAUCCAUUCAUGGACGAGGGACUUACUACUCCCAUUCGCGCCAGAAUGCGAAAUGACCAUCCUAUCGUGUUCACUCAUGGGGAUCUCGCGCCUCGAAACAUCAUGAUGCGAGGCUCUGAGAUCGUAGCCAUUGUCGACUGGGAAGAGUCUGGAUGGAUGCCGGAGCAUUGGGAGCUGGUGAAGCUAAUGUGGUGUACAGGUAUGGAAAAGAACUCGGGCUGGGCCCAAUUGAUGUUGGACAAAUUUGCACAUGAAGAAGAGAGUUGGAAGAUAGACAAAGAAUUGUCAGACAUAAUGGUUGGGGCUUUCUAG